GGCCAAGGUGUCUCAGUUACUCGUCUCGCCAAUUUUCGUUCGAUUGUCUGAAUAUUGAUCGAAAGUAAUAAAAGCUUCCUCCGAAUAAUAAUACAUUACCAGUUCUAUUGACGUUUCGUCCGCCCUUGAAGGUUUAAAAAGUAAAACGAACAAAGAAGAAAAAAAAUGCCUUGUCCAUUUUUGGCCCGUCUCUCUGGCAGCUAUGUUAGGAAUUACGGUGCUUCGUUGCUAAUGAACUACCGUCAGCAUUGCCCAGUCAUGUCACGACUAGCAAGUUCAGCUGCGGAUGAUGCGGAGCCAGAAAGAGAUCUGGGAAAACAUGCAAAGAGUCAAUGUCCUUUUCUUUCCGCCGAACAAGGUGCGGUGAAAGAGGCAAGUACAGCAGUUCAGGAGGAUGUGAUAAAGCUGAAUGACAGACCCUGGAUGAAUUUAGAAACCGAGGAGCAGACCUUUCCAUAUGAGGAUUUCUUCCAUGAGCAAAUCAUGCGCAAGAAACUGGACCAUUCUUACAGGGUAUUCAAGAAAGUGAAUCGGCUGGCCGAGGAAUUCCCUGCAGCUGUCGAAUACUCUUGGGGAGAGAAACCCAUAACAGUCUGGUGCUCCAACGACUAUUUGGGCAUGUCGCGCCAUCCAGAAGUUACGAAAUCGGUUAGACGAGCCUUGGAUAAGUUUGGCGCCGGUGCCGGUGGCACCAGGAAUAUAUCUGGUAAUUCCCUCGGGCAUGAGCUCCUCGAGAAUCGGCUUGCAGCUCUGCACCAGAAGGAAGCAGGACUUCUGUUCACUUCUUGCUUUGUCGCCAACGAUUCUACUCUCUUUACACUAGCCAAAAGCAUGCCAGGUUGUCAUAUAUUCUCAGACGCUGGCAACCAUGCGUCCAUGAUACAAGGUAUUAGGAACAGCGGCGUUCCCAAACACAUAUUCAGGCACAAUGAUCCCAAUCACCUGGAACAGCUGUUGUCAAGGGUAGAAAAAUCUGUGCCAAAGAUCGUCGCCUUUGAAACUGUCCAUUCCAUGACCGGGGAUAUAUGUCCUCUUGAAAAGCUAUGCGACGUCGCAAAAAAGUACGGUGCACUUACCUUUGUCGAUGAAGUACACGCCGUCGGUUUGUAUGGAUAUUCAGGGGCUGGCGUUGGGGAGAGGGACCAGGUGCUCCACAAAAUGGACAUCAUCUCAGGGACUUUGGGUAAAGCUUUCGGCAAUAUGGGUGGCUACAUCGUCGGAUCAACCAAUCUGAUUGACAUGGUGCGCAGCUACGCAGCUGGGUUCAUAUUCACCACUUCCUUACCACCUACUGUACUUUACGGAGCUUUGACUGCCAUUGAAAUUCUCGCUUCGGAGGAGGGUCGAUCCUUGAGAGCAGCACAGCAACAAAAUGUUGCAUAUUUAAAGACUGCACUCAACAUGGCCGAUCUUCCAGUCGAGUUGUCACCUUCACAUAUCAUUCCGAUAAAGAUCGGAGAUCCUCAAAUUUCUGCCCAGCUAGCUGAUACGUUGAUACGAGAAAAAGGUCACUAUGUUCAGGCUAUUAAUUAUCCUACUGUGGCCAAGGGAGAAGAAAAGCUGAGACUUGCACCAACACCAUUCCAUACAAAACAAAUGAUGGACAGUCUCACAAGGGAGAUUAAAGACGUUUGGAACUCCCUGGACCUUCCAAAAGCAUCCGAAGAACCUAAGCCAAAGCACAUUGCUCGGGUGAUUUCGGUCCAUUGACAGUAGUAAACUAUUAACUUGGAUCAGGAAAUUCAGUCUACCAAUAACCAAAAUAUAUAUUCAAAUAAAAUUAUUCAUAAGCGUUCAGGCCGUACAUAUGCAGGUGUUAAAUUACGUAAGCUGCAUAAUAAUUUGAUUGUCACGUAAACACGCCACGGAAAUGAUGACGGAGGACUUAUUUGCCGCAAAAUUGUUAUUGUCAUUCAUUGUUAUACAGCAGACACGUAUUUUCAUAAUAUAUUCAACAACUUGACCUUAUCACUCCGUUCCGUGUUUAAAAAUGGACAAACCUCGACACAUUCUGUCUGUACAAAUAUGAAGUCUACUUAGACGUUUCGAACGAGUUUAUAACUAUCAUUGUUACAUGUUGAAUUAUCUUUGUUAAAGAAACGGCAUACUGAUGGGAUAUUUUAAUGUAUUCAUUAUUCUAUACGUGUAUCAAAACGAGUUCUUUUUUUAUGCAGUACUGAUAACACCUGACUCUUACUUAUUGUUGAUAACAUUUUUGGUCUUUUAAUCUCGUGAUUGAUUUACGUACUGUAUUUGUUGAACAAAGAGUUGAGUACUAUAUUAUAUUGUAGUAAAUUACAAAUCGAAGUUUAUUUAAUACGAUCAAUGUUACUACUGCGCACGUUCAUACUUAUAUUAGCGCCAAAAGUGAGCAAAAACUAUUAGUUAGAAAUGUUGAAUUAGAAAAAUACAUAGUACAUAUGUAUUUGUUCCAUUAACAGACAAAGUUGUUGAACAGCCGUCUACUUAUAAAAGCUCUCUUCGUGUUUUGAACAAGCACGACCUGCUUACAAUAAUUGAUCUGCUGAACUAAAUAUUGAAAUAAAUAAAGGUGAAAGAUUAAUUUUAAAA